CUGCUUCUCUUUUUGUCCCUUUAUUACUCCCAUUGUGGUCUUCCUCUUCUGCAGUGGGAGUCUGGGAGCUUCUGGGUGUCUCACUUUACCUGACGGUGUGGACUGUGUCUGUAUCUCUCCAUUUCCCUGGUCUUGCUUUUGGCUCCUCUCCUAGACUCCACUCUCUCUGCCCCAUCCCUUUGUGUUUGGUCCCACUGGCUUUCUGGGGGGUGGGGUGUGGAGAUGGACGUAGAGAGGCAGAUAGGAAGACCUAGGACUUGUGCCCUUGAGUGUACGAGUGUCUCUUCAUUCCUGCUGGAUUUAUGUGACUGGUGUGUCAGUCCGUCGAACAUGUCCCUGUGUGUGUGCCAUAAUGAAAGAUGGGUUCUAAUCUCUCUGCUACUGACUUGGUAUGUGAUCUUAGCAAGUUACUUAUCCUCUCUAGGCCUCAUUUUUCUAGUAUUUAAAGAGAGAUAGUAAAGUAGAUGGGCCUCCAACUCGCUUUGCAUUCUAAAACUCUACAAAUCUGUCCUCUGUUUACCAUUCUUAGUGCUUCUGUGUAAGGGUGUUGGUUGAGAGUAUGCAGGUGUCUCUUUUGCGUGUGUCCAAAGCGGGGUGUGGAAGGAGUGUUUGAUGGAAACUCAUGCCUCCACCUGAGUAUCUAGGAUGUGUUAGAGCAACUGAAGCAAAACAUUCAAAGGUUAAAAUUCCGCAUUAUCCAGAUUUCUCACCUACGAAGCCAUGGUGGCUGGGGGAGAAAGACACUUGGGUUUGGGAAGGAACUUGGCUAAUCAACCACUCCCUUUUGGACUCACAUUCCUGAGCCCUUCGGUGGCAUGGAUAAUGGAAAUUAAUUACAGUUAAUAUUUAAUCCCUAAAGGCCAACGAGAGGCCCAGGCCUGGGUGGUGCCCAGACACCUGCAGGAGGGACACGUCCAGAUCCUGGCUUCCUCUCAACUUUCCUCUCUGUAGAACCCAGGCACCUUGAGCCUCCAGACAUGGGGGAGGAGGUAGGGUGCAGGAUUGAGGAAGAAGAAGCCCACCCUCUACUUUUCCCAAGAGCCCAGUGAAUGACCCUCUCCUGGCUCCUUGAAGCCAUACUGGGAGAACUGGAAAAUCCAGUUACCCAGCUUCCCCCUCACGUCUCCCCGCAAACUCUGCACUAAGGACUGCAUGGGGUGUAGGAGGGCAGGCCUCUUAGAAACAGCCAGCUGGGGCUUCAGAUAUCUCUUCGGUCAUCCCAGAAGUUAGGUGGCCAUGAUGGGGGCUACGCUGCCUCUCUUCUUCCUCCUGACCCUCCUGGGCAGCUCACAGGGAACAGGGUCAGGUAUGACUUUGCAACUGAGGCUGAAGGAGUCUUUUCCAGGAAAUUCCUCCUAUGACUCUAGCUUCCUGGGAUUGCUCGAGAAGGUAGUUCUUUGGGUGGGGAAAGAAUGGGACUGUGCGAGCUUGUUUCUGUGAGUCUGUUUGGGCCACUCACUGGGGGUCUGGCUGUCUCAGGGGUGUGCAUAAGGAGCGAUCUUACACUUCUCUCUUUAACCCUUUUUCUUCCCCAGCUCUGCCUCCUCCUCCGUCUCCCUCCAGGGACCAACAUCACCCUCCAUCAUGCAGGAUCCCCACAGCGUGUCACCUGCAAAGCCUGACAGCAGUUAGCCCUGUGCCCUCUUAGCCAGGGCAUUUGGCCCUGUCUGACCCUGUCUCCUAACAGGGGGUGUCUAGCCCUGUCUUCCAGCAGGCCCUCCCCUGCAGAGGGGCAGUAAACAUGCUGAAUUCAGAGAGUCAACUCCGUGUCCGUGUCCGUGAACGUGGGGACGGCAGGACAGGGAGCUGGACCCCAAGUCUGACUGUCUUCUCAGGGCUGUUGCGCAGAGGGGCUUGUGAUGGACACUCUUUCCUUCAACACCAGUGUCAGAGGCCCAGAAGGAAUCUGGGAAUUAACUAUAUGGGGCAACACACACACUGGACGCACAUACACACUUCAAGCUGAGGUCUUCAGAACACAUGGGAAUAGAAAAGAAAUAUCGAUUGAAUUCCUACUUUAUGACAGGCAUGAUGCUUUCCCAUUCCAAUGCUUGCAGCAGUUGUGAAUGUAGUGGAGUGUUUUUGUUGUUGUUUUCAUUUGCCAUGAACUCUGACUUGCGGUGGCCCCACAUGGUCAGAAUAGAACUGUGCUCCAUAGGUUUCAAUGACCGAUUUUUUGGGAAGUUUUUUUGCCAGGGCUUUCUUCCAAGGUGCCUCUGGAUGGACUCAAACCAUCAACCUUUUGGUAAGCAGCCAAGCGUGUUAACCUUUUGCACCACCCAGGGA